AUGUUUUUGACAAAUGUGUUACUGAAAAAAGUAAAAUCCAAGCACACUAUGGUGCUAAUGGAAAGCAUGGUAAGCGGUCACAAGUACAACGUAUUCAGAGAACGUUUAGCGGACAAACUAGAACUUGUGCAUUUCGACCCUUGGAUAGGCCAAAUGUCCGUCUACAAGGAAAGGAAAAAGAUAAGAAGUGCAAACGUUAAGAGGUUCACAGAGCCUACGUAACAGUCAAGCGAUUUCUUGUAUUAAUAAUUUUAUAAAAUGUAGAAUAUUUGUAAGUGUUUAUAUUUUUCCAACUGUAAAAUAUAUAACUUUAACUUUACUAAAA